AUGGCAUCCCACCUCGACCCUCUGAUGCUAACCUUGCUAUACUGGGCGCGGCGGGUCCUACAGUUUAAAAGUGCCAUUCUCUUCGAGGUGAUGUUGGGCGUGUCGAUGUGGACCAGCGUACCCUUCAUCCUGCUGUUCACGGCAAUCUAUGCUGCCUCCGGCGGCUUGCGUGCAGUGAUGUACACCGAUGUGGGGCAGGCCACCAUUUUCAUCAUUGGCGGCUUCAUUGGCAUGAUCGUGGCCUUCAGCAAGAUAGGUGGUUUCGCCGGCCUCGCCGAGACCAUGGAGAAGAACGACUUGGGCUACAUGCUCACCACCCUUCGGCCCCCGUCGGACCGGGAGUUCCCUUGGACAGGCAUGCUCAUCGGCCAACCCUUGGCCUCGAUGUGGUACUGGUGCGUGGACCAGACCAUGGUCCAGCGCGUGCUGAGCGCCAAAGGCGUGCAGGACGCCCGGAAGGGCUGCGUUCUGGCAGGCUAUCUCAAAAUACUGCCUCCGUUCCUCAUGGUGUUUCCCGGCCUCAUCGCCCGCGCGUUCUUUGCCGAGUGCCAGCGCACGGACGGACAGCUGUACAGCGACUGGUGUGGCACCGAUCUGGGUGACGGCAAUGAGUCCAGCAAAGCCUAUCCGCUUCUGAUCGCCAAGAUGUUCCCAGACGGAUUGCGAGGCCUCCUCAUCGUCAGCAUGGUCUUGGCCAUGAUGUCCAGCCUGGAUUCGGUGUUCAACUGCCUGUCGACUGUCUUCUCCUACGACAUCUACAAGCGCUUCCUGCACCCAGAGGCUUCUCGCCAACGCCAAGUCUGGGUUGGCCAGCUUGUCACUGGUGUCGCUGCCUUGUGCGGCCUCGCCUGGCUUCCCAUGAUCGCCAGCAGCGCCAACGGACUGUACCUGACCACGCAGAGUGCCCAGACCCACAUGUCUCCGACCCUCGUAGCGGUCUUCCUGGUCGGGCUGUUCUGGCCCAGGGCAAACGGAGCAGGCGCGCUGGCGGGCAUGAUCGUGGGCUUCGCCGCCGGCAUCGCUCGGUUUGUGGCAAGUCGCAUGGCCACGUGCGACGAGCACGACACAUACAGCAUUUCUUGCAUGCAGUUCAACCACAUGGCCCUGAUUCUCUUUGCCGCGCCCUGA